AGGGGAGUGGUGGCAAAAGGGAAAUCUCCAACAAUGACUUCAUUAACAUGAUGCCCAACAUGACCAGCAGCACUGGACUCUACCGCUCCGUUACAGCACUGGAUAUUUGACCUUAUUUUUCAUUUUUGGAUUUAAUUUUCUAUAAGCUUUGUAAUCUGAAAUCUAAAUCGUCUGAUUCUGCAUCGAGGUCAAGAUGGAAACGUGCUGAAGACCUCCAACGUUAUGUUGAUCACAAAGAUUGAAGCCAAGGAGGCCUGUGAUUGGCUGCGAGCGGCCGGCUUCCCUCAGUACGUGCAGCUCUUCAAAGACGGCAGGUUCCCUGUCGACGUUGAGUGGGCCAAGCGUGAUCACCCCUUCCUGGAUAAGGAUGCCCUUGAUUCGCUCUGCAGGCGGCUGGUCACUUUGAAUAAAUGUCUGGAAAUGAGGCUGGAGCCACGGAGAGCGAAACGCAGAGGGGACGACUGCAUCGAGGAGGACUUCUGCGCCAUCAGCCCCAACUGGACCUACGACAGGCGGACGCAACAGUGGCGACGCCUCAGCUCCACCGAAGACAUCCUCCGUCUGGCCGACAGCUCCACCGGGCUGCAGGAUGGAAACGAGCGCCACGACGACGUCUCCUCCAUCCACAGCUCCAGCAGCACCGAGAGCGAGGGCCGCGACCGGCACCACAAGAGUCACAGAGAACCCGCCGCCAUCUCCGCAACGCUUACUGGAAACACCACAGACGACCUGGAGACCAGCAGGAGCUCCUCCCGCUCCUCCUACACGAACAAGAUCCCCUCCCUGGAAACGUCGUUCAGCGGGCCUCCUUCUCCGGGUGGGAGCGGUGGAGGAUCGUCCACCAUGAGUCUGGAGGCCGAGAGCUGCUUCCCAGACAAACCUCCCAGGAAGAACUGCACCACUCUGCUGAGGAAGAUGGAGAAACUGAGGCUGAGGGGAUCGGGGGGCCGCCACCAUUUGCAUCGAAGCAGUGGAAGUAGUAGCAGCAGGAGUCAGGCUCGGCACGUUACAAGUCGGCCGGAUCUGGUCCAAGAGGAGGAGAAGAUGGAGAGGCUGCACUGCCCUUCAAGUCUGCAGGUUAACAGCCGCUCGUCCUCGUCGCACUCGUCUCCUCACACCAUCAGCAGCAGCAGCAGCAGCAACAGCCAAUCAGAGUGCAGCAGCACCGUCAGCACCCCCAGCCCCGUCACCAGGGUCAGGAGUAACUGCAAACGCUCCAACAGUGGCGCCGGGCUCACCGGGAGGAAGAACCGGAACAACCAGAACCACGAAGAGGACUAUAGGAACCAGAUCAACAACAACAACAACAACAGCCACGACAGCCUGGUCUUCCAGAUCCCCCACGGACACAAACCGGGCACCUUCCCGACUUCCCUCGCCCACAAGAGCGCCAUCCUGUCCCCCAUCAUUGACAGCACUUCCGUCAACUGGAGGACGGGGAGCUUCCACGGAUACCAGCGGCGUCACAGCGGGCCCCGGGGCACGUCCUCCCUGGCCAGCGGCGACAGGAACCCCGCGUCGUUGACGUCCAGCUGUGACCGGGGCGUUCCCAGCCCACGCCCGGCACUGGAUCACCGGCUGAGCGUUUACGACAACAUGCCCGACGAGCGACAGCUGUCUGAAAGCGACGGCGGCAGCGACGCGGAACGGACCGGCGAGGACUCGGAUGUGAGUCGGCUGCUGGCAGGCGAGGACGUUUUCUCGGCUCUGGACAGCGUCCUGGAGAGAAUUGGCAAACUCCAACAACUCGUCUCCUCGUGGUCUGAGAAUUUAUCCGAGGACGACUGUCAAAAAGGUUCCACCUCGUCCUCCUCCUCGUCCUCCGCCUCCUCGUCCUCCUGCUCUUCCUCGUCCCAGGACUCGCCUGCCCACGGCUCCUCGGCCGCCUCCCCCUGCCCCUCCUCCCCCAGCCACAUACACCUGGAGGUCCAGCGUCCUGAGAAGGUAUCGGCGAACGAGGAGGAGCCGAAGUCCACGUCGCCUCCGCCCAGGAGCAGCAGGGUGAGCCAGCAUCUGCACUGGUCCAGUGAGCAGAGUCUGCCCUCCCUGCCCUCCUGCCCCGGAGUCGAGAGCCAGUCGGCCUCCCAGUUCCUCCUGCUGCAGAAGCUGUCGCUGCUCAAACUCACAGCCCUCAUGGACAAAUACUCGCCGUCAAGCAAGCAGGGCUGGAACUGGACUGUUCCCAAACCGCCAAGGAAGACCAAGGCGAUGGAGGUGAAGGCCCAGAGGGUGUUCGGUGUUCCUCUGCUCCUCAGUGUCCAGCAGACGGGAGAACCGCUUCCUCCCUGCGUCCUCAGAGCCCUCAUUUAUCUGAGGACCGAGUGUUUGGACCAAGUUGGUCUUUUCAGGAAGUCAGGGGUCAAGUCUCGUAUCCAGUUCCUCCGUGAGAUGGUCGAGUCCGACCCAGACGGAGUUUCGUACGACAGUCAGUCGGCCUUCGAUGUGGCCGACAUGGUGAAGCAGUACUUCAGAGACCUGCCUGAACCCAUCUUCAGCAGCAAACUCUGCGAGUCCUUCCUCCACAUUUAUCAAUAUUUCCCAAAGGAUCAGCAGCUGCUAGCGGCUCAGGCGGCCAUCUUGCUGCUUCCCGACGAGAACAGGGAGGCCCUGCGAACGCUGCUCUUCUUCCUCCGGGACGUUGUGGCCUGCGUGGACGAGAACCAGAUGACUCCCACCAACAUCGCCGUCUGCCUGGCGCCGUCACUUUUCCACCUCAACACCUUGAAGAAGAGGGACGGCAGCGCCACCAGGUCGAGUCACAGGAAGUACAGCCUGGGCCGCCCGGACCAGCGAGACCUGAGCGAGAACCUGGCCGCCACCCAGGGGUUGGCCCACAUGAUCACGGAGGCCCAGAGGCUUUUCCAGCUUCCAGAGUUCUGGCCCGGCCAGAGUUUAAGUUUCCCCACGGAGGAUUACCUCUCUGAGGAGUCUGCAGGAAGAGGAGGAGGAGGAGGCCUGGUGCCCCACAGUAAGAGAGGGGAGGAGGAGGAGGAGGAGCAGGAGGAGAGAAGGAUCCAGCUGCAGCUUAACACCCAGCAACUCCUGAAGGAGGCCAGAGAGAAGAGCCGAGGCUGGGAGAGUCACGCAGCUCCAGAGCACGUGGAGCUCUCCUUCAAGAAGGUGGACGACGGCCUCCCUCUGUGGAUGUGGCGCGGCUCCGUGGAGGUGGAAGCCCCACAGGAGGAGCUGCUCCGGCGGCUGCUGAGCGAGCAGAGGCUGUGGGAGGGAAACCUGCGUCAGGCCGCCGUCGUCCAGACGUUAUCAGAGGACGCCGACGUCUACCGCUACCUCCUCCAGAGCCAGGGCCACGGCCUGGGCUCCCAGCCCCUCCAGGAACACCUGCUGCUCAGGACCUGGCAGACGGACCCGUCCUCCGGUCCCCUCUACCUGUCCUCCGUGUCCACGGAGCACCCCGAGGUGCAGGCCGAGGGAAUCAGGGUCCACGUCCACUCCUGCCUCUACCUGCUGGAGCCCACGGGAGCCAGGAAGACCAGACUGACCCACCUCUGUCGAACAGACACCAGGGGUCGGUCGCAGGAGUGGCACAGCAAAGUGAGCGGACACCUCCUGGCCUCGGGUCUGUUGUCGAUCAGAGAUUCCUUCAGAGCCGAAUACAAAGAAACCAAGAUAUGAGCCGCGCUAACCUGGAGCUGCUCUCCUCCUUCACGUUAAACUCCGCAGCCUGCAGGACGUGGCGGGGAGGGGGGGGAAUAAAAAGGAACACAGCUCCAUAUUUUUGUUAACUCUUUGCUUUUUGUUCUUGUUGGUGACCUUGGACGUUUUGAUUGGUUGAAAAAAAAAAAAAAAAAAAAAGACGUGGGGCCACGUUCCCA